GGGAGGGAGGAAGAAAGCGACAAAUGGGGAGAGGGAGAGGGAGAGGGAGCGAAUAGCAAUCUCCCAUUUCUCUCUCUGGUCUCUGCUGCUAUCUCUUCUACCGCGCCACUCCGCCAUCCAUCUCAUGGCCGCCUUAUCCCUCCGCUCUCCGCCUCUCUCCUCCUCUCUGCACCACCUCCGCCGCCGCCACAAUGCCGCUGCUCCUCUUAUUCUGCGCACCCCCUCCCGCUCCAUCUCCAUCAAAGCCCUCUCCUCCCCUUCUCCUGCCUUGACUCAAGACGACCUCAAGAAACUCGCUGCCGACAAGGCCGUCGAGUACGUCCGCAGCGGCAUGGUCCUCGGCCUCGGCACCGGCUCCACCGCCGCCUUCGUCGUCGCCAAGCUCGGCGAGCUCGUCAAUUCCGGCCAAUUGAAGGACAUCGUCGGCGUCCCCACCUCCAAGCGCACGCAGGAGCAGGCCGCCGCCCUCGGCAUUCCCCUCUCCAUCCUCGACGACCACCCCAAGCUCGACCUCGCCAUCGACGGCGCCGACGAGGUCGACCCCAACCUUGAUCUCGUCAAGGGCCGCGGCGGUGCCCUCCUCCGUGAGAAAAUGGUCGAGGCUGCCUCCGACAAGUUCGUGGUGGUCGUCGACGAGUCCAAAUUAGUCGCUGGCUUGGGCGGCAGCGGCCUUGCUAUGCCUGUGGAGGUCGUUCAGUUCUGCUGGAAGUAUAACCUAACCAGAUUGCAGGACUUGUUCAAGGAAGAAGGAUGUGAGGCCAGGCUGAGAUUGGACGGUGGGAAGCCCUAUGUGACCGAUAACAUGAACUACAUUGUGGAUUUGUAUUUCAAGACUCCGAUUAGGGAUUCUGAGGCCGCCGGCCGGGAGAUCUCGAAGUUCGAAGGGGUGGUGGAACACGGAUUGUUCCUAAACAUGACCACCGCCGUUAUCAUCGCCGGUAAGGACGGCGUGAGUGUGAAGACCAAGUGAUGGCCAUCAAAUGGUUGGAUUUUGGACAAGGAAUCGAAUUCACGACCUAUUGAGCAGCUCCUACUCUUUGUGCUUACUUAGGAGCUUUCCAUUUAAUUCGUGUGGAUGCGUUAUUUUGCCGUUGGCUGGUUGAAGGUUAGCUCUGCCGCUGGCAAAAGUGCAGCUUUUCUUGUGAAGAAUAAAAUCUUAGGCAUCUUGGCUUGUUUAUUUCCUA